CUCCUCCACUCUCUCACAGCUCUCAACCCAACCCCAGCUGCUCCAUCAAUACUUCCAACCACAAACAAUCUCUCCACAACACUCCACCACACUCCAUCACACUUCACAACACCACCGCCACCAUGCAGAUCUUCGUAAAGACGUUGACUGGCAAGACGAUUACGUUGGAGGUGGAAUCUUCAGACACCAUCGACAACGUCAAGAGCAAGAUCCAGGACAAGGAGGGCAUUCCCCCGGACCAGCAGCGCCUGAUUUUCGCGGGAAAACAGCUCGAAGAUGGUCGCACUCUAUCAGACUACAACAUCCAGAAGGAGUCGACGCUUCAUCUCGUCCUCCGCCUCCGUGGAGGUAUGCAGAUCUUCGUCAAGACGUUGACUGGCAAAACUAUUACAUUGGAGGUGGAAUCUUCAGACACUAUCGACAACGUCAAGUCCAAGAUCCAGGACAAGGAGGGCAUCCCUCCCGAUCAGCAGCGCUUGAUCUUCGCCGGCAAGCAGCUUGAAGAUGGCCGCACCUUGUCCGACUACAACAUCCAGAAGGAGUCGACUCUCCACCUCGUCCUCCGCCUCCGCGGUGGCAUGCAGAUCUUCGUCAAGACGUUGACUGGUAAAACUAUUACAUUGGAGGUGGAAUCUUCAGACACUAUCGACAACGUCAAGAGCAAGAUCCAGGACAAGGAGGGUAUCCCUCCGGACCAGCAGCGUCUCAUCUUCGCCGGCAAGCAACUCGAGGACGGCCGGACGCUCUCGGACUACAACAUUCAGAAGGAGUCUACACUGCACUUGGUGCUCCGUCUGCGUGGCGGUCAGUAGGGUAUUGACGGAUACUGGGAUAUGGUGGGCGAGGAUAUGAAUGGGUGAUUACUCGGCAUGAGGCCCAAGGGUCUCGGAUGGCUUGUAUUUAAUGCUCGACAUGAAUGACAUGCUCUGGCAUGGCCAGAAGUAGUUCAACAUCUUGACACA